CUAAAAUUCGCUCCUUUCUGCUUGUGGACGCCGCCAAGGAAACAUCGUUAAGUAACCUCUUCUUACUACCGUCAUGUCUAAGUCAGAGUCUCCUAAAGAGCCCGAACAGCUGCGGAAACUCUUCAUCGGAGGUUUGAGCUUUGAAACAACGGAUGAGAGUUUGAGGAGCCAUUUUGAGCAAUGGGGGACGCUCACGGACUGUGUGGUAAUGAGAGAUCCAAACACCAAGCGCUCCAGAGGCUUUGGGUUUGUUACUUACUCUACUGUGGAGGAGGUGGAUGCAGCCAUGAAUGCAAGGCCACACAAAGUAGAUGGAAGAGUUGUGGAACCAAAGAGGGCUGUCUCACGAGAAGACUCUCAAAGACCAGGUGCCCACUUAACUGUGAAAAAGAUCUUUGUUGGUGGCAUUAAAGAAGACACUGAAGAACAUCAUCUAAGACAUUAUUUUGAGCAGUAUGGGAAAAUUGAAGUGAUUGAAAUCAUGACGGACCAAGGCAGUGGCAAGAAGAGGGGCUUUGUUUUUGUUACUUUUGAUGACCAUGACUCUGUAGAUAAGAUUGUCAUUCAGAAAUACCAUACUGUGAAUGGACACAACUGUGAAGUAAGGAAAGUCCUAUCAAAGCAAGAGAUGGCCAGUGCUUCAUCCAGCCAAAGAGGUCGAAGUGGUUCUGGAAACUUUGGUGGCGGCCGUGGAGGUGAUUUUGGUGGGAAUGACAACUUUGGUCGUGGAGGAAACUUCAGUGGGCGUGGUGGCUUUGGUGGCAGCCACGGUGGUGGUGGAUAUGGAGGCAGUGGGGACGGUUAUAACGGAUUUGGUAAUGAUGGUGGUAAUGGAGGAGGAGGCGUUCCUGGUUACUCUGAAGGAAGCAGAGACUAUGGAAGUGGUGGACAGGGUUAUGGAAACCAGGGCAGUGGCUAUGGCGGGAGUGGCAGCUAUAACAAUGGAGGAGGCGGAGGCGGCUUUGGCGGUGGUAGUGGAAGCAAUUUUGGAGGUGGUGGAAAGUACAAUGAUUUUGGCAGUUACAACAAUCAGUCUUCAAAUUUUGGACCCAUGAAGGGAGGAAACUUUGGAGGCAGAAGCUCUGGCCCUUAUGGUGAUAGAGGUCAAUACUUUGCCAAACCACGAAACCAAGGUGGCUAUGGCCGUUCAAGCAGCAGCAGUAGCUAUGGCAGUGGCAGAAGGUUUUCAUGACUGCCAGGAAACAAAGCUUAGCAGGAGAGGAGAGCCAGAGAAGUGACGGGGAAGCUACAGGUUACAA